UUUUCUUCUCACUCUGUCUGCCUCUCUCAUUUUCUACCCCCUUUUCUUUGUGUAUGGGUCCGGCGGGGGUGGCCGAGAGGAGAGAGGAGCCAUCUUAUACAGCGGACUGAGUGAGCAGAGGUGCACAUCGGGCAGGGCGACAAUUGACCUAAGGAAACUCCAGUUUACUGCGAGUAUCUCGGAGGGUGAAAUGAAAGAAAAAUAAAAGGGAACGAGGCACAAAUUGCGCCUUCCAGGAAAUGUACUUCAUAAGCCGGCUUCUAGACGUCAACUGGGCCUGAGAGGACACGCGCCUGUCGAACAUUUGGAUAAAACCUAGAUAAUCAAGUCUUUUCGGAAAAGAAAAACGCUACUGCUGAAGAGACCGGCUUGCACUUUAUGAUGGUGACUCCUGUUAGUUAAAUUAACAGUUUUGUUCGCAGGGACGAAAGACGGAAAGCGGUAGAAGAACGCUUGAACGAGUGGGGAAUUAAUUGGCAUUUUGUAUUUAAAAUAUAAAAAUAGAAAACUUAUUUUAAGUUAACACUUUCGCCUUCUCGAGGAGCACGUUUUAUUGUAUCUACUUUCCUCCUCCGAUAUCGAUUUGUAGUGUUUUGCUGACGGGCACUUUAAAACAAAGAACCCCCUCCCGCUCACUUUCUGCUCCCCCCCCACCACCACCAACCCAGCAACACUUUGAUUAAAGGCAGAAAAUGUCGGGCAGCGAGGACGACAUCCAGGACUUCUGUGAAAAUGAGGACCGUUCAGGAUUGCAAGCAGAGAAUGAUGACGACCUGGACGAAGAGCUCUCAGAAAGUGAUACUCCUAAACUGAAGAAGAAAAAGAAGUCUAAAAAGCUCAGAGAGACAAAGUUACCCAAAACAAAAAGACCCAAAAAAGAGGAAAUGGACAUCAGCUCUCCAGAGGGAGGUGACUUUGGUGAGGAAGAGGAGGAACCACGGUCAGAAAGUGAGGGUAGUGACUACACACCAGGCAAGAAGAGAAAAAAGAGACUGGCCAUUAAAAAGGAAAAGCGAGGAGGUAGUGGAGGUGGCAGCAAGCUAAAGAGGAAGGAACCAGAGGCAGAAGAUGAUGAUGAUGACGAUGAUGAUUCCAAGGAGCCCAAAACAUCUGCUCAGUUGCUGGAAGACUGGGGAAUGGAAGAUAUUGAUCAUAUUUUUUCUGAAGAAGAUUACCGUACACUUACUAACUAUAAAGCCUUUAGUCAGUUUGUUAGACCUCUCAUUGCUGCAAAGAACCCAAAGAUUGCAGUUUCAAAGAUGAUGAUGGUUUUGGGAGCGAAGUGGAGAGAGUUCAGCACAAACAAUCCAUUGAAAGGUAGCUCAGGAGCAUCAGCAGCUGCAGCAGCGGCUGCUGUGGCUGCAGUAGUUGAGAGUAUGGUUGCUAAUCAGGAGGGAGUUAAUCCUUCUGCAGCUGCACCUGCAGUAGUUACACCUGUAGUGCCUGAAAUCCAGCAGCCCCUGAGAAAGGCCAAGACAAAGGAAGGAAAAGGUCCGAAUGCUCGCCGUAAACCUAAACCACCGCCUAAAGUUCCAGAGAAGAAAACUAAAGCUAAAAAAGUAGCACCAUUGAAAAUAAAACUGGGUGGCUUUGGAAGCAAACGUAAACGUUCUUCGAGUGAGGAAGAUGAUUUAGAUGUGGAUUCUGAUUUUGAUGAUGGAAGUAUGAACAGUUAUUCUGUGUCUGAUGGCUCAAAUAGUCGAAGCAGCCGAAGUCGUAAAAAACCAAAAGCAGUACGCAAGAAAAAAAAAGGUGAAGAGGAUGGUGAUGGAUAUGAAACUGACCAUCAAGACUAUUGCGAGGUGUGUCAACAAGGAGGAGAGAUAAUUUUAUGUGACACUUGCCCUCGAGCUUACCAUAUGGUAUGUUUGGACCCAGAUAUGGAAAAGGCACCAGAAGGCAAAUGGAGCUGUCCGCACUGUGAAAAGGAAGGAGUCCAGUGGGAAGCAAAAGAAGAUAAUUCUGAAGUGGAGGAGGAAAAUGAAGAAGUAAAUGCAGAAGAGGAUGAUCAUCACAUGGAGUUUUGUAGAGUAUGCAAAGAUGGGGGAGAAUUGCUUUGUUGUGAUGCCUGUCCUUCAUCAUAUCACAUUCAUUGCUUGAACCCACCUCUGCCAGAAAUCCCCAAUGGGGAAUGGCUCUGUCCACGUUGUACGUGUCCACCUAUGAAAGGCAAAGUGCAAAAAAUUUUAACUUGGCGCUGGGGAGAACCUCCUCCUCCAACUCCUGUUCCUCGGCCUCUAGGUUCUAAUGAUGGUCUAGAUCCCAAACCACUGGCAGGUCGUCCAGAAAGAGAAUUCUUUGUUAAGUGGAGCAACAUGUCCUACUGGCAUUGUUCAUGGGUGUCUGAAUUGCAGCUUGAACUUCAUUGCCAGGUGAUGUUCAGAAACUAUCAGCGCAAGAAUGAUAUGGAUGAACCUCCACCUAUAGAUUUUGGAGGUGAAGGUGAUGAUGACAAGAGUUCAAAGAGAAAAAAUAAAGAUCCACUCUAUGCUCAAAUGGAGGAACGCUUUUUCCGUUUUGGAAUUAAAUCUGAGUGGAUGAUGAUUCAUCACAUUCUAAACCAUAGCAUUGAUAAAAAGAACAGUGUUCACUAUCUGAUUAAAUGGAGAGAACUUCCGUAUGACCAAUCUACAUGGGAAAGUGAAGAUAUGGAUAUUCCAGACUUUGACACUUACAAACAGACUUAUUGGAACCACAGAGAAUUGAUGAUGGGUGAAGAUGGGAAACCACCUAAAAAGCUGAAGUUGAAAACGAAGGUUCGCAAACUGGAUAGGCCUCCUGAAAAUCCUGUUGUUGAUCCCACAAUUAAGUUUGAGCGUCAGCCAGACUACUUGGAUUCUACAGGAGGAACACUUCAUCCAUACCAACUUGAAGGUCUUAACUGGCUGCGAUUUUCUUGGGCACAAGGCACUGAUACAAUCUUGGCUGAUGAAAUGGGUCUUGGAAAGACUGUUCAGACAGCAGUGUUUCUUUAUUCGCUCUAUAAAGAAGGUCAUUCCAAGGGGCCUUUUUUGGUCAGUGCACCUCUUUCCACCAUUAUUAAUUGGGAACGCGAGUUUGAGAUGUGGGCACCAGACAUGUAUGUUGUAACAUACGUUGGAGAUAAAGAUAGCCGUGCAGUUAUCAGAGAGAAUGAGUUUUCUUUUGAAGAUAAUGCCAUUAAGGGAGGAAAGAAAGCCUCAAGAAUGAAGAAAGAAGCAGCUGUAAAAUUUCAUGUUUUACUGACUUCAUAUGAACUGAUAACCAUUGACAUGGCAGUAUUGGGAUCCAUUAACUGGGCAUGCCUUGUUGUAGAUGAAGCCCACAGACUUAAAAACAAUCAGUCGAAGUUUUUCAGAGUGUUAAACAAUUAUCCUCUGCAACACAAGUUGCUGUUGACUGGAACUCCCUUGCAGAAUAAUCUGGAGGAGCUAUUUCAUCUGCUCAAUUUCUUGACUCCUGAGAGAUUCAAUAACUUGGAAGGCUUUUUAGAAGAGUUUGCAGACAUUGCAAAGGAGGACCAGAUCAAAAAGCUGCAUGAUAUGCUAGGUCCACACAUGCUGAGAAGGUUGAAGGCUGAUGUGUUCAAGAAUAUGCCUUCAAAGACGGAACUUAUCGUACGCGUGGAACUUAGCCCAAUGCAGAAGAAAUACUACAAAUUUAUUCUAACAAGAAAUUUUGAGGCCCUCAAUACUAGAGGUGGAGGAAAUCAGGUUUCUUUAUUAAAUGUGGUGAUGGACUUAAAGAAAUGCUGUAAUCACCCUUACCUGUUUCCAGUUGCUGCAAUGGAAGCACCAAAGAUGCCUAAUGGCAUGUUUGAUGGCAAUGCACUUACAAAGGCUGCAGGAAAAUUAUUUCUUCUUCAGAAAAUGUUGAGAAAGCUGAAAGAAGGUGGACACAGAGUUCUCAUAUUUUCACAGAUGACCAAGAUGUUGGACUUGUUAGAAGACUUCUUGGAGCAUGAAGGUUACAAGUAUGAACGUAUUGAUGGUGGUAUUACAGGGGGAAUGCGACAGGAGGCGAUUGACCGAUUCAAUGCUCCAGGAGCCCCACAAUUUUGCUUUUUGUUGUCUACCCGUGCUGGCGGUCUUGGCAUCAAUCUUGCAACAGCAGACACUGUAAUCAUCUAUGAUUCUGACUGGAACCCACACAACGAUAUACAGGCAUUCAGCCGUGCACACCGAAUUGGACAGAACAGAAAAGUGAUGAUCUAUCGCUUUGUGACAAAAGCCUCUGUGGAGGAGCGCAUCACCCAGGUGGCAAAGAAAAAGAUGAUGUUGACACAUCUGGUUGUACGACCUGGCCUUGGUUCCAAGACUGGAUCAAUGUCUAAACAAGAGUUGGAUGACAUUCUAAAAUUUGGCACAGAGGAGCUAUUUAAAGAUGACACUGGGGAAGGUGAAAAUAAGGAAGGUGAGGACAGCAGUGUUAUCCAUUAUGAUGAUAAAGCAAUUGAGCGACUGCUAGACAGGAAUCAGGAUGCAACAGAUGAUACAGAAAUACAGAGCAUGAAUGAAUAUUUGAGCUCCUUCAAAGUGGCGCAAUAUGUAGUCAAAGAUGAGGAAGAGGCGGAAGAAGAGGAGGUGCAACGGGAGAUAAUCAAACAGGAAGAAAGUGUAGAUCCUGAUUACUGGGAGAAACUGUUGCGUCACCACUAUGAGCAACAGCAGGAAGACUUAGCCAGGAACCUUGGAAAGGGAAAGCGUAUUCGCAAGCAAGUCAACUACAAUGAUGGCUCACAAGAGGAUCGUGCUGAUUGGCAGGAUGACCAAUCUGACAACCAGUCGGAUUACUCUGUAGCAUCCGAGGAAGGAGAUGAAGAUUUUGAUGAGCGCCAAGAAAAUUCUCGAAGACCAAGUAGGAAGGGUCUGCGGAAUGAUAAGGACAAACCCUUGCCACCUCUUCUGGCAAGAGUUGGGGGAAACAUUGAGGUCCUUGGUUUCAAUGCCCGGCAACGUAAGGCCUUCUUGAAUGCAAUUAUGCGCUAUGGAAUGCCACCUCAAGAUGCUUUCACAACCCAGUGGUUGGUCCGAGAUCUGCGAGGAAAAUCCGAAAAGGAAUUCAAGGCAUAUGUCUCUCUCUUCAUGAGACACUUAUGUGAGCCAGGUGCUGAUGGUGCAGAAACCUUUGCAGAUGGAGUUCCUCGUGAAGGCUUGUCUAGGCAGCAUGUAUUAACCAGGAUUGGAGUUAUGUCUCUUAUACGCAAGAAGGUCCAGGAAUUUGAGCAUGUCAAUGGCCAAUGGAGUAUGCCUGAAUUAAUGGAGGCUGAAGAGAACAAGAAGGCAGCCAGAUCAGAAUCUCCUGUGCCCAAAACUCCAACAUCCAGUACCCCUGGAGAUACUCAACCGAAUACUCCGGCUACCACUACAUCCAGCACAGAAGAAUCUGUAAGAGUUGAAGAUACGGUAACAUCUUCUGCUGGCAAAGAAAAUGAAAAGGAAGGUGAACUGGAGAACAAAGAACCCAAGCCUUCAGACACAGAGGAUUCUGGGCUGGUUAAUGAAGAAGAAAAAAGACCUGCAGCAAAUCCUGAAAAGGUACAGGGACAUGGAGCCAGCAGUACUUCCGAAUGUGAAAAGGAAACCGAGAAAACUGGAGACUCUAAACUUGAAAUCUCUCAGGAAAAAGACACAGGUGAAGAACCCAUGCAGACUGAUAAUAAGGGUGAUGAAGAGAAGAAAGAUAUAAAGCAGGCUGAUAAAAAUGACUCCAUCCCUUCUGCUGAGGACAGGAAAGAGAUUAAAGAGAAAGAAGAGACCAAGCAAGAGGAGAAAACAGAUGGAAAAUUGGAAGUCAAGAUGCAGAAUGGUGAAUCAGUUAAUAUACCAAGUGAAGAAAAGAAAAAAGUGGUAAAACAGAGGUUUAUGUUCAAUAUUGCAGAUGGAGGCUUUACAGAGCUUCACUCAUUGUGGCAAAAUGAAGAACGUGCUGCAACAGUUACCAAAAAAACUUAUGAAAUCUGGCACCGCAGACAUGACUACUGGCUCCUUGCUGGGAUUAUAAAUCAUGGAUAUGCCCGGUGGCAAGACAUACAGAAUGAUCCUAAAUAUGCCAUUUUAAAUGAGCCAUUUAAAGGAGAGAUGAAUCGAGGAAACUUUUUGGAAAUCAAAAACAAAUUUUUAGCACGCCGUUUCAAGCUCUUGGAGCAAGCACUUGUGAUUGAAGAGCAACUGCGUCGUGCUGCUUACUUGAACAUGUCCGAGGACCCCUCACACCCUUCUAUGGCACUGAAUACUCGCUUUGCUGAGGUAGAGUGCCUUGCUGAAAGUCACCAGCACUUAUCCAAGGAAUCGAUGGCUGGAAAUAAACCUGCAAAUGCUGUUCUUCAUAAAGUUCUGAAGCAAUUAGAAGAAUUACUCAGUGAUAUGAAGGCUGAUGUUACACGGUUGCCAGCAACUAUUGCAAGAAUUCCCCCUGUUGCUGUGAGGUUGCAGAUGUCUGAGAGAAACAUUCUAAGCAGAUUAGCAAGCCGGGGAACAGAAGCUCAGCCACAGCAGGUAGCACAGCAGUGAAGGUCUUGUGCACACCUUUACCAUUUGGACUAGCUAAGAAAUUCCAAAAGAAUCUUAGAACAUUCCUUAUUGGCUGUGAGCCAACCAGCUUCAUGCCCCAGUUUGUGACCACACCCUCUUAUGAACUCUAUAUGAGAAGGGGGAGAAAAAGAUAUUUAAUUUAAUUCUAUUUUUUUUUUUCCUCCCUGUUGUUUGUUUACUGAUUCUGGUUUUGGACCCAAGUGUAAAGCAUAUGGACUUUCAAAAAGUAGUAGCUUAAUAUGGCAUUUAUGGACAAAUAUCAAAUUUAUGUUCCUUAUGUACAUAAGAAUAGUACAUGAUACAUGUUGAUUGAAAUCUUCAAAAAAAUAAAACUACUUGAAACAUUUUUUGGGGGGGCGGGGCAGAGUUAGGGAGGUUUUUAAGAGAAACUUGUUAGGUUGUUGGGAAUGAAUGAAAUCUAUUUAAAAAAAAGCCAAGCACACAUGAAUUGUGCUUGAGGAGCCUCCCAGAAUGGUUUCUUAAAUUUUCUGCGCACACUUGUCUACCUCUGUUGUGCUUUUAGAAAUGAGAAUGAGUUGUGUACAACUUAUAUAUUAAAAUAAAAAAAAUGGGAAAUAUGUUUUGAUUGGUGUAAGUUGUGGACUUUUUGUUAAAUUUGUUUACCAUUUGACAAUUGUGCAGAGUAAAUAUCUGUACAGUUUUUGCAAAAUAUUUUGGGCUGCAUUUUGCUCUUUUCAGUAAAUUUACAUUUAGACUUUGCUGGUUCGUUUUACAUGAUGAAAGCACAGCACAGGCAAACCUCGCUAAGCAGGUAGCUGUCUAAAAUGACCUUGUAAAGUUAGAUUUUAAACUAUUGUUAAUAAAAUUGAUUUUUUUUUCUCCUG